CGGCCUACUACCCAUCAGCAAAUAUCGUAUAGCGCCGCGUAGCGGCUGCGUCGCUACACAAUCUUUGCCUGUCAGACCAUCAUUGGUCAGUUGGGGGCUGUAGGCCUAGGAUACAAGCAGAUUAACAAACUGCACCAGAGCAAAUUUACAGAGGGCGUGCUAUGUCAACCACAAUCGUUAAGUACUAUGCAGACGACCAAUGGACUUUAGACAUUGCGAUAAGUGUACCUGACUCUUAACUGUUGGUCACCUGACGGCACAGUAGAAAUUGUAAAUGCUAAAAUAUAUGGAGCAGUUGUUCGAGGUUCUAUGUGUAUCUUGCCAACAGCUGGCGUACAUGUACACCUCCACAUACGCUACACCAUGCUUAUACAUGUACAUAAGUGGAUAUUCCCCGUGUACCGAAAACAUCCAUUGCACAGGGGCUACUCGGGGUAAGCGUGCUUUCACAGAUCUAUCAGGCUUGUUGUAAUUUGUCCACGCACGUGAUUCCAAUCAGUUACCAUGGAAAUCCAGGCCUUGAAGAUAGUCGUUUUGAGCACUUUGUUUGUUUCAUGCUUUGGAGCCUGUCUUGUGCCGCUUGGGUUUGCCAUCUGUGCCAGAAACCGACAGAGAGGACAUGAACGACUGGUUCCGGCAAUUCAACGAUUGGUGUGCCUUUUCAACAGCUUCGGUGGAGGGGUUUUCCUAGCAACUUGCCUGCUAGACUUGCUGCCGGACGUUCAGGAAGAAUUCGAAGAUGUCCGUCACUUUCUUGACAUCCACUCUAACUUCCCGUUUGCGGAGUUCAUAACAGCGGUCGGAUUCUUCUUGGUUCUUGUCCUCGAGCAGGCUGUUCUUAACUUCCAAGAGAAAUCAGCAAUUGAUGCGAAGGUCACAGACGAAAGUGGGCCUCCACAAGAAGACGGCCGGGCUGAGAAGUACGCAUCUUUAGAUGACACAGAGGAAACUUCCCUCUUAGCAUAUCAGAACUCCAGAAGUGAUGCUGGAAAUUCAUCAUCAUCUGUGACAAGUAGAAACGAAGUUGUAACUGAGAUACCGCGAAGUGAGACCGGAGUUGCCGAAGUGAUGGACGGGGCACGUUCAAGGCCAGGCCUUGAUAAGACAGUCCUCAUCAGAUCCGUCUUGCUUCUUCUAGCGCUAUCUUUCCAUUCCAUCUUUGAAGGUCUAGCUAUUGGUCUCCAGACUAGCGUGUCACAUCUUCUUGGAAUCUUCGCAGCUGUAGCAAUCCACAAGACUAUUCUGUCGCUGAGUCUCGGCAAUGCGCUAGUGCAGGAGAAUCGGAGCAAGACCUUCGUUUUUCUGUCCAGUUUCGGUUUUGCCGCCAUGGCUCCCCUUGGAAUUGUUUUUGGAAUUCUCCUUUUCAACGAAGAGGAAGGCUUGGUGAAAAGCGCCAUCAGUGGUGUCCUACAGGGAAUCGCUACCGGGACCUUCUUGUACAUCACGUUUUUUGAGGUUCUUGGGAAGGAGAUGGGUGCACCGGGUGACAGAAUGUUAAAGGUUCUCUGUGCGAUACUCGGAUUCGGAAUAAUCACAGGAACAAUGUUCUUUAAAGAAUGAUUGGAUGCACUGUGCAUUGUAUAUGGAUUGGAUUCCACCAUCAUGAUCCACAAUAUUCCCGAUGUGAUUAUUAUUAUGGUAAUUUUUAUGGUAUGGCUCUGAAAAUAAAUAGAGACAUGGUAGGAAAUGUUCCUUGAGUGCGGUGAGAAAUUUAUUCUUUGUGGAAGACGUGUACCACAUUUGUUCAGAAUCAAUUUCUUUUUAGAUGAAAAAUUAGCUUUCAUAUUUCCUAUUUUUUUACUCUAGUAAGAGGCUCAUGAAUUAAUUUAGUGUCGUCACCAUCACACGGUCCCUGAUAAGAGGAAGGAGUCUUACUUUGUGUCGAGUAAUUUAGUCAUGGUUCAGUUUGCAAAACAUGCUCAAGUAACAGCUGUUGUUUUCAUUAAUUGAAGAUGACAAGAGUGGUCUAAUGCAUCUCUUCACGUCUCUUUAGAUUAAUUGAUGUCAGAAUAUAAUUGUAAAAGAGAGAACUAGUACCAGAGAAACAGAACACCGUUCGUUUCCCAGUUUAUAUGGAAUGGAUAUCUCCCUGCUGAGAAGGUUGGCUCCAGAACUGAACUUUUUGGAAGGACCAAACUUGUUGGUUCGUAUUUGGUUUCAAAAAUCUUGGAAUUUUUUUUCAUAUAACCUUUAACGGCCUUUCUAAGGGGCAAGGCUACAAUUUGGAGCUUUAAAGAGGCUUUAGGAAAGAGGAGAAAUGACAUAGGUCCAAAUAUCCUCUUUCUCUUAGUACCUCUCAUUACAUUUUUGCUCCUGUUUGAAGGCCUGCACCCCGUUGCCCGUCCCCCAUCCGUCCUUGCCUGCUAACUAACUACGUAAAAUAUGUGUUAGAACAAGACCGUACUGUACUCUGCACUCAACCGGAAUUUGCUCUAAAAAUAGUUUUCGUCAUGCGCUGAGGGCAAAGAAUUUUAUACAUGUUAGGGAUGACAUUAAUAAUCAGUGCAUGGUUCAAGUGCUAAAGAGAACCGUCAGUCUUUGUUGACUUAUCACAUACCCACUGAUAUACCCAUUGAUUUGCAAAAAUAAAAAAAAAAAUUGCGAAGUGGAAGUAGGACCUACAGAAGACAUUGAUCAGUUCUUCGGACGAUGCAUGACUGAUUGGGAGCCUUGUGGAGCCAUUCAUUUCACUAAACACGGGGCUCUAUUCUGUGAUAAAGGAUACGACUUUUUAUAGUAUAGCUAUUCACUAUGUCUCUGGUUCUUAACUAAAUUGAAAUCGGAAAUUUUUUUGAAUUUAAGUGACCUUUUUUUUUCUACUGUACUAUGCGCUUCAACGAUGUAUAAUGAUAAAAGAAAGAAGCAGCUGUCCAGGACUUUAAUCAGUUGAAUAAGAAAUUAUAUUAUGUUUCGUAAUACGCUUGGUACACGUGUGAUGCUUAUAAUCUACGUCUUAUUGUAACCUAAAACAAACACGAGUAAUUACAGCUAGCAACGAUCGCUGCGUGUACAUUUCGCCACGCCACCAUUAACGACAGUGUAACAGCUGGUUGUCUCAUGGUUGGUCGCUAUGUUUGUUUGGUUGGUUAUAAAACGUCCGCCUUAGGUGUUAGGAUAGCAAUUCCAAGUGAGGAAGGAGACUCUUCAGUCUGUAUUUUAUCAGAGUUCUGUAUCCUGGAGAGACAGAGAAAUCACUUGGAUUCUCGGUAAGUUAAGUUUUUGAAAAACUGAAUUACAGGUAUAAAUAGAUUUAUAACUUUGAAAUUGGUCGUAAAAAUGAAAUCUUAAAUUUGCUUCUUGUACAUACUUAUGAUUAGAAAAAUGUCGUCAUUUUAAUUGUAGGAGUUUGAACGUCAUUUGAAAAUAGUCACCUUGCACUGCCAUCAAUGUUUGUUUUCAAAUUUUCUGUGCA